AUGAAGCACAAAAAGGAAAGUAAAGACCAUCAACACCUUCAACAGGCACAGCAACAUGUUUUAAGUUCUGCACUUGCCCAAGCACAAGUAGCUGCUGCAGUUCAAUUAGCUAUACAGCAACAACAACAAAAUUCCCUUAGCCAUUCAAAUACUUCAACAUUCCAUUCACAAUCGUCAAUACAAAGACAAGAAAUUGAGGAAAUAAAUAGUGAUAAUACUAACAGACAAUUCCUGGUUUGA